CAUAGAAGGUUAAUCCUCGAAACGUCAGUUUUGCCAGUAUUAACCGCCUGACUCAUAUUUUUAGGUUAAAACUAAAAGUGUUUUCUGUUAGAAGUUUAAAGAAGUUAUAGUGGAAUCGUGGUUCACAAUCAGUGAUAGCCUCAAAUGGUUACAAUAGUCCGGCUGCCGUGAGGACUUGUUUGUAAUUUUGAGGAAACGGCCAAUUUGUGCCCAACCCACCUGUUGUUUUAAAUGACGAUGCCCACCACCCUCGUGAGUGAUGGGGAAAAGGCCGAAAUCAAAGUCAAGGCAGCUUUCAGCGGGAAAAUUCUCGUGACUUACAUAAACUCUGAGAUCCUGUUGGAUGAUCUCCAAAAUGAGAUGCGAGCCAUUUGCCAGUUUUCUCCUGAUCAAGAGUUUACCAUGAAAUGGAUUGACGAAGAAGGUGAUCCAUGUACUAUCUCUUCACAAGUUGAAAUUGAUGAAGCUAUUCGUCUGUAUGAAGUGAACAACGAUUCAGAAAUCACUAUUCAUGUUUUCCCUAGUGUCCCUGUGUCACCAGGGCUUCCAUGUUUUGGAGAAGAUAAAAGUAUUUAUCGACGUGGUGCUCGUAGAUGGCGGAAACUGUACAGAGUCAAUGGACAUCUUUUCCAGGCAAAACGUUUCAAUCGCAGAGCUUCUUGCGCUUACUGUCACGACCGUAUCUGGGGUCUAGGUCGGCAAGGAUUCAAAUGCAUUCAGUGCAAGCUGCUCAUCCACAAAAAGUGCCACAAGCUUAUCAAGAUCAGUUGCAACACGGAGCAAGUGGCCGCUCUGAACACUCCGUCCCAGGUUCAUCUACUGUCAAAUAGCGCGCUCAAUACCAGUUCAGGGUCCGCAGUGACCGCUGCUGCUAUUCCAUCUAUAAGCCCAGUUGUUAAUGCCGGAGAACCCCCGACAGCGCUGCGACAGAAUGGUGAUGGUACCGAAGCACCGUCCGCACCGCCAAUAGUACAACCUAUUUUUGAGUCUCACAGUGUGAGUGUUCCGGUUGAUGGAAGUCCAGAAGAAGGUGUCGAAGGUGGUGCUGUUCAACGUCCGUAUUCGAUGGCGGAUUUUGAAUUGAUUCGUGUGAUUGGUCGUGGUUCUUAUGCUAAAGUGUUGAUGGUUGAAUUACGACGAACUCGUCGGGUUUACGCCAUGAAAGUAAUCAAAAAGGAACUUGUUACCGAUGAUGAGGAUAUUGACUGGGUUCAAACGGAAAAACAUGUCUUUGAGACGGCAUCCAACCAUCCUUUCUUGGUUGGCUUGCAUUCGUGUUUCCAGACGACGUCACGCCUUUUCUUUGUCAUCGAAUUCGUACGUGGUGGUGAUUUAAUGUUCCACAUGCAGCGCCAAAGGCGACUUCCUGAGGAGCACGCUCGAUUCUAUUCGGCUGAAAUUUCUUUGGCGCUCAAUUUCCUACACGAGAAAGGAAUUAUUUACCGUGAUCUGAAGCUAGAUAACGUCCUACUGGACCAUGAAGGUCAUAUCAAACUUACCGACUACGGAAUGUGCAAAGAGGGCAUCCGUCCGGGUGAUACCACGUCUACCUUUUGUGGUACGCCCAACUAUAUCGCUCCUGAAAUUCUGCGCGGAGAAGACUACAGUUUCAGUGUGGAUUGGUGGGCGCUGGGUGUAUUGUUGUAUGAAAUGUUGGCCGGUCGUUCACCUUUCGACAUCGUCGGCGCUUCAGAGAAUCCUGACCAAAACACUGAAGAUUAUCUGUUUCACGUCAUCCUGGAAAAGACGAUUCGCAUUCCCAGGUCGUUAUCUGUGAAGGCUUCUUCUGUCCUCAAAGGGUUUCUUAAUAAGAACCCAGCCGAUCGUUUGGGUUGUCGAAAAGAAACGGGCUUUGUCGAUAUCGUCCAUCAUCCAUUCUUUAAAUCAGUCGACUGGGAAAUGUUGGAGAAGAAACAAGUGGCUCCACCUUACGUGCCUCGUCUAGAUUCUGACCGUGAUCUGGCUCACUUUCCACCCGAGUUCACAGACGAACCAGUCCAACUGACACCCGACGAUCAGACGGUCAUUGAACGCAUCGAUCAGUCUGAGUUUGAAGGUUUCGAGUACGUCAAUCCUUUGCUCAUGUCAUUGGAAGACUGCGUCUAGGAUUAGAAUAGAAAACGAAGCAUUCGCUUUCAUGCCAUUACAAGAUUUACACUAAAAAUUGGAACCACACACACACACACACGUUUCAUAGGGAAAGUUUGGCAGGUUUCACGGCAGCAAAAAUUCUAACAGCCUACCAUUUCUUCUCUUUCGUUUUUUUCCCCUCCCCUUUUCACCAUCAGUUUAUUCGGUCCAGUAUUUUUAAAUAUGAUAGAUCAAGUCUUAAUCGACUUUGCGUCCAUUCCAGUUCUUGCCUCAUUGGAACAUCUUUCUUUCCCUCCGUCACCUUUUUGAUCUGUUGUACAACUGCCUUCAUCUCUUUUGUCUUCUUUUCUUUUUGUGUCACUUUUAAAAGCCAUUUUGUUUUGGUCACUUUUAGCCAAAAAGAAAAUCUCUGUCUGGUUAAUUAUUAUAUUUCCGCCUUACACAGAUCGCCUUUUUCCGUCUUGUUAGAAAUAUACAAGAAAGAUGUCGACACAAUCA